AUGCAAAACCUGAUGCCUGAGCAUCCAGUAACUAGAUCUGAGCAACAUCACACGGAGAGCAGAUGGGUGAACACAGCAAAGUGCCAUAAUCAUCAUCCAGAGAGAAAAGAUUUUUGCACAGAUUUAUCCUUGGACAUUAAGCCAGUAGCUCUUUUCUUGCUCGAAUCCGCCAUCAUAGACACAGGCCGUGUGCAGCCGAUCAAACUUACUUGGGUAGCAAAAGUUCCUGGGAGAACUGGAUCUCAGGGACAGUGUACUCAGGUCCGUGUUGAGUUCAUGGAUGAUACCAACCGCUCCAUCAUUAGAAAUGUAAAGGGCCCUGUUCGUGAUGGAGAUGUAUUGACCCUGGUGGAAUCUGAACAUGAAGCUAGAAGAUUACACUAGCUAUGUCUCAUAAAACAAUGCAUUCAGUAAAACUAGU